GGGCCUAAAGAGAUUAAGAGAAUGGAUUGGCCUACGACACUCAUCUCCCGAAGAAUCUGUAAUCUUUUGGUUUUCUUCGUCAAACUAAACCACAAAAACCUCUCUACCGAUUCGGAUCAUCCACAACACUCGGCGAUGAAACCCGACCCGCCCAGACGCAGAAACAGAGCCUUAUCUUCUUCCCCGUCAAAGACCCGACCCGGUUCCGGUGAAGCCCGCGGCGGAAAGGUGAAAACUUCGGCCACUUUACUCGACCGGGAGGAGAUGGGUCUUUUUCCCGGGUCGAGUUACGAUGACCCGAAUCCAGAACCUAGGAGCUUUCCUUACAGUGUGAAGCAGCAAUGCUGGGAGAAAGCUGAGAAGAUUAAAGGGAGAGAUCCUGAGCGUUGGAGGAGAGAUCAUUUAGGAAACAUUGUGUUUAGGAAGCUCGUUGGUUGUCCUGGAUGCUUGUGCCAUGAUUAUGAUCACAUUGUUCCUUACUCCAAGGGCGGCAAGAGCACUCUGGAAAACUGCCAGGUUCUGCAGGCAAAGGUAAACCGAUCAAAGGGUAAUAAAACCGACAUUUCUCGAGCCGAGCUUAUCCAGAGGAGUUCUUACUGCCGAGUUGCUGGGAGGGAUAUGGAUCUCAUUGAGCUAACAGCUUAUGGAAAUGUACAGCGGGCACCUGAGUCCAGUGGAUGCAGGAUUCAAUGAUCUAUUGAUGGAAAUGAAGAUGAUAAAGUUUCUCAAUAGUUUACUCCAGAUUUGUCUGAGUUACUUGUGGAUUGAACUCAUCAUCUUUCAAAUAUUGUGUACAAUGUUACAUUAGUUCAUUUAGUGCUCAUGCUUAGUUCUAUUUUAGCUCUCUACUCUGCAUUUUUCACAUAUAGAAAAAUAAUGCCUCUACUACUUGUAAUUUUCUGAAAUAUUUGUAACGUAUAUUGCUACAUCCAUGAUCAAAAUAUUCAAAUGGAAAAAAUGUGAAAAGUA